AUGUCAAUACGCAUAGCCCUCGAAAACCCUCCCGAGUUCUACACAAACCUGGACAUCAUCCGCGGCCAGGUCGUCCUCACUCUCAGCCGUCCAGAGCAGAUCGGAGGCAUCAUCGUCAAACUCGAGGGAGAAGCCAAGUCGGCCUUGGGAGUUCCCGCCGAUAGCUCAGGAACGGGCAUCGCUCAGAAGGAGCGCACUCCAACAGGGGAUGUUAUCUACGAGAACCACAAAAUCCUAUACAAGGUCACACAGGCCUUCCCCGACGAGAAGACCAACGCCUUGCCACAGCCCUAUGUUCUAGCCGCCGGCCAACACAGAUUCCCCUUCCAGUUCAAGUUUCCCUUCAACAAUGCUUGUGGUGAUCCCGUCGCCAUGGCCAAACUCGGAGGCCUGUCCGGUGCCGGUGGAAUAGCGUCCGGUGCUGGUUUGUUCGGUCUCGGUGGCAUUCGUGUUAUGGACGGCACCAAGCAGCUGAUGUACUCCCAUGUCACAAAGACGCUACCGCCCAGUUUCACCGGAUUCCCAGGCCAGUGCGAGAUCCGGUACUAUGUCAAAGUUACCAUCCAGAGACCGGGUAUUUUCAAGGAGAACUGGAGAAUGCAGACCGGCUUGAAGUUCCUCCCCAUUGAGCCUCCAAGGCCGCCCAAGUCGAACCACGAAGCCUAUGCCAGACGGCCCUUUACAUUCCGUCCUCGAAGCCCAAGAACAAACGCGCCUGCAAAGAAACGGUCUUCUUUCUUCAGCGGGUGGGGCGGGAGUAGCAACAUAGGGUCAUCCUCAGCCCCAACGACGGCUGAUGGGAGACUUGCAACCGAGCCCGAAGUGCCUCCGUCGAUAGAGAUGUCCGCUCGACUUCCACAUCCUGCCAUCAUCACUUGCAACCAGCCGAUUCCACUUCGUCUUAUUGCAAAGAAACUUGCGGGAUCAGACGCAGAGAUCUACCUAACGGCCAUCCAGAUCGACCUGAUUGGCCAGACCGAUGUCAGAUGUCAAGAUCUGAUCAACACAGAGACCAGUCGAUGGGUGAUUGUAUCACGACAGGGACUUAGCAUUCCCGUUUCGAGACUCGGAGACCCUGUAGGGACAGAAGUGGUCCUGCCAAACGACAUCUGGUGCAACCAGCCCUUACCAAACACCAUCAUGCCGAGCUUUGUCACAUGUAACCUGAGCCGUGAAUAUCAGCUCGAAGUCAAACUCGGCCUCUCCUGGGGCAAACCCCUCGCCUCUGGCUCCCACGCCACCGCCGCCGCCGCAGCCUCUUCCCUCUUCGGCCGCAGCAACAAGCACGAAGGCGCCGAUCUCCCCCAAGAAAUCCACCUGCCCUUGCACUUCUCUUCCCUAGAAGUCUACUCCGGCAUCGCCCCGCCCGCGGCCCUCAUCGAAGCCAUGAAGCAAGGCAAGAACAAGCGCCCUCAGUCGCAAUCCCAAAAGCCACCAACUCAACCACCACGUCCCACCACUUCCUCAUCCACCGAAGCUGGACCUUCAACGGCACCACCACAACAGCAACAACCGCCAGCGUUACCUCCACGAACCAACACCGUCACGGGAACGACAGGGGCGGCAGCUGGAGUGGCAGCUGGAGUUGUUGUGCCACCAGCAGACCCCUUAUACCCACCGCAACUGGCGCCAGGGCAGACGGAACCGCCGUAUGAUGAUGCGCCGCCGAGCUACGACGAGGCCAUGGCGGAAGUGAUGAGCGGGCCGGUGAUUCCCGAUGGAGCGCCCAGGCCGGCAUAUAGUGGAAGGACGAAUGAGAAUGAGCCGAGCACGUUGCCUGCUGGGGGAAAUGAGAAGAGUUAA